UUAGAACACAUAAUUCAUAGUAUACCCAAGCUCAGAAACAGCAGCAGGAUUUAGAUUUGAUAUAGAAAGAGUGGUCAUGGCCGUGUCAAGAAGACAGAAGGAGAACGAUACCUUUAAUGACAUCGCGGGGACCCUACCGAUAGAGGAGAGCGCCAAGGAACUGGACAAAGCCUCUGUUCUACGGAUAGCGAUACACUACCUCAAGCUAAGAGAUGUUCUAGCGGACUGUGAAGAAGAAACGAGUCCCAUCGAUCUCUCAUCAGAAAGAACUACUGAGCAUGAUGACCUGCACAACUUGGUGCCGAAUUUCUCAAAGGAUGUUCUACAGGCUUUGGAUGGAUUUCUAAUGAUGGUUUCUAAAGAUGGUCGUGUCCUUUAUGCAACUGACUCUAUCUCUCAGUACUUGGGCCUCAGACAGGUCGAUGUGAUUGGCGUACAUGUUCAAGACAUAAUUCAUCCUCAAGAUUAUUCAGAAGUUGCUACAAUCUUCCAGAGCCAAGGCUGUGACAUUGGGCCAGAGAUGGAAGCACUCUGCAAGGACCCGCUGAGAAGGAACUUUGUUGUUCGUAUGCGCUGUGCCUUCACACCCAGCGUACGCUCAAUCACAAGAUGCUCGAACUUUAAGCCCAUAUAUUGCUCUGGAUUUCUCAAGUUCUCGAACAAGAAGGUCAAAGAAGGAGAAUUUGUUGGUAUGGUGAUGCUUUGCAAGCUGGCCAGUGUCAUGAAGGUUAAGGAGCUCUGUGUUGGAGCUUUCUUUAAAACCAAACACUCACUGGAUCUGAGCUACACUGCUGUGGACACAAGGAUUAGGUGGAUAUUGGGGUUUGACCCUGCUGAGAUGGUUGGUUUUAAAGCUUAUGAAUACUUCCACCCUGGAGACCUAAUGGCCACAUCAAGCUGUCACACACAAUUGCUAGUGAAAGGUCGCUCACAUAGUCCGUGCUAUCGGUUCAUGGCUCGUUCCGGUGAUUGGGUAUGGGUGAGGUCUAAAAGCUGUGUCACGUACGAUUCUAUCACUCACCUACCAAACGGUCUCUCGAUUUAUACCUGGAUCGUAAGAUACGAUGAAGAGGAUGAAAGAAUGAAGGCCAUUACUGAAGGCAGGGACCCUGGCAGCACUGGAGUAAAGGACACUGCUGCUCUUCUCUCAGACUGCAACUCUUCCCUGGAUAUCAAAGGUCUCUGUGUUCCAAACUCUUCGUCUUCUCCUAUAGCAGUUGCAGCAAAUGAGUCAAAGCCACAGAAACCAUCAAACCUGGUAUCCCCAGAAGUAUCACCACAACCUCCUCCUAACAUUAAUCCAUUCCAUUCUCAGUCCAGCCCUCCCGCUCAAGCUAGUGGAUCGCCAUUUGGCACUCAGACAGUUUCCCACGAUCCAUUCAUGGGCGUUAUUAACGGGAGCCCAAACAGCACAACCAUAUCUUCUCCAUACAGCAGCUCUUUUGGUAGCUGUGGGCGUAAAUCAUCGCUAGAUCAAAUGUCAACACGAGAAACAACUCCUCCAUACUCCAGCUAUCCUUCGUACUCAGCCACACCAAGUGGUAGUCCUACCUCCUCACUCAACAGAAGGAGCUUGAGCCCCACAGAAACAGUCGGCUAUUACAAUGGAUCACCGACUACCAUAAUGUCCCCGCCUUAUUCUGACCCUUCGUACGGGAGCUUCCCUUCUCUCCCUCCUCCUCCUCCUCCUCCUCACCAUCAGGCGCCAUACCAACACUACAGCCCUUCAUCCUUUACUGUCGAUACCACUGUCUACAUGUCACCUCCUACUGGCGAGUAUCCGCUACCCAUUAACGGCAGAAUGGAUGGACAGUUGUACGGUAUGCCUGCCCCAAUGGUGGACGGCUUCUCCCUCAAACAAGAGCCAGGACUCCAUGCUGGAGUAGGAUUAGGGUCUUCCUGUGGUAGUUACGCUCAGUAUGAUUCUACUGGAUACAUGAGUGGACCGUAUUCCAUGGAUCCUAUGAGUUCAUUCAUGCCGGCCAAUGGACAGUUUAGCACUGGGUCGAGGAUUAAGGAGACUAAGUCUCGUUACGCUAAAGUAGGCGUGGCAGGCGGUCAUUAUAAGAUGGGGGCGGAGAUUGACGCGACAUCGGCAAUCAAUAACAUAUCUGAAUGGUUGAAGCACUAAUGUAAUGAACACUUAUGAACAAAAAGCAUACACCUGUACCAAUAGACUCCUGUCUUCCCUCUCAUCCUGUACCAGUUUAUAUGCCUACCCUUUUCUUCUCCCUCUCUCUCUCUCUCUCACUAGCUUUCAGUAUUUCCAUCACGUUACUCUUCAAUGACUCAA